UGGGUAGUUUAUAAAUCCAUACAAGCUACCGUGGCAUUAAAGAACCAAGACUCUCGAUUCAUUACCAUCGCCAUGCCCAGUUCCUUGAUGACAUGGAAAGGGAAAAGCCCAUCUGGUUCACCACUCAACAACUAAGAAUAUCCACAGAUAACUUCAACCACAUAUUGGGUUCAGGCGCAUUUGGCAUAGUUUACAAGGGAGUCAUCGGCAACAACCGGCAUGUGGCCGUGAAAGUACUAAAUGGGACCUCUAACCAGCAAAUUGAGGAGCAAUUUAUGGCAGAAAUGAGCACCAUGGGAAGAACACACCACUUUAAUCUUGUUAGGCUUUAUGGGUUUUGCUUUGAACCAAGUUUAAUAGCUCUUGUAUAUGAGUUCAUGGUUAAUGGCUCAUUGGAUAAGCAUUUGUUUAAAGCAAACCCAGGUGAAAUGAUAGGGUUUGACAUGCUUCAGGAGAUUGCGUUGGGAACUGCAAGAGGCAUCAGAUACUUGCAUGAAGAAUGUGCUGAUCAUAAAAUAAUUCACUAUGAUAUUAAGCCAGGAAACAUAUUACUGGACUCAAAUUUUUGUGCAAAAGUAGCUGAUUUCGGUUUGGCCAAACUUUGCAAUAGGGACAACACCCAUAUAACCAUGACAAGGGGACGUGGUACCCCAGGCUAUGCUGCCCCUGAGAUCUGGAUGCCUCUUCCAGUUACACACAAAUGUGAUGUUUAUAGUUUCGGGAUGCUACUUUUUGAGAUCAUUGGCCGGAGGAGGAGGAACACUGACAUUAAUAACUCUAGUGAUAUCCGACAGUGGUUCCCGGUAUGGGCUUGGGACAAGUACGAAACAAACCAAAUGAGAGAUUUGAUGGGAGAUUGUGAGAUUGAAGAAAAGGAUAAUGAAGUCGUGGAGAGGAUGCUGAAGGUGGCUCUUUGUUGUGUUCAGUAUCGGUCUGAGAUUAGGCCAGUGAUGAGCAUGGUUGUUAAAAUGUUGGAAGGUGUCAUAGAGGUCCCUAACCCUUUAAAUCCGUUUACACAUUUAUUUUCAGAGAAUGAUGAAUCUAAUGAUUUCUACGGCCAAAUGGCACUGAAUGUCGGUGGUUCAGACUAGUCUUCGUUUGAAGUUGUAACAAGAUCUAGUGAAAUCAUGGAGACGCCACUUAUGAGAAGAUAUGAGAUUACAAGUGCAUCUGAAUAACCAUGUGAAACGCGAACAAAACAACAUAUUUUGUUUCGAAAAUAAGAUGCUUCUUGAUAGAGGCCGAUUCGAGAUGGCUAAUCUCCCAGGAGACCCGUUGAGUGGGUUAGGCUCCAAGAACUAGAUAAGAGAAACAAACAAUACUUUUUUCAAUAAUUUU